GCUUUUGCGUCAGAGCGAGUGCUAAAGCGGGUCCUCUGGAAACCGUUGCCACUUCCGUUUCCGUUAGGCAAGAAGCCGCAACAUCAACAUUUACUAACACAUUUAGUUAAUAACUCUUACAUUUAAAAUUGGAGGAUGUCGGGGCAGAAACGUCCCGCUGACCCCUGCGGAUCGUCGUUCUCCGGAGCCCCGCCUGAGAAGCGGAGGGAGCGCGAAGGAGAGGACGGAGGUCCCGGUGUCAGCGCCGCGGCCGGUGGUAGCACAGCGGUGGAAACGGUCAUCAAACUGGGAGGAGUGUCCAACUCCGAAGAACAAGACAUCAAGGCUCUCCAAGCAAAGAACCGCAAGUUAGGUGAAGCUCUAGAUCAAAGACAGGUGAUUGAGGAUGAGCUGCGAGAGCGAAUUGAGAGACUGGAGACCCGGCAGGCCACUGAUGAUGCCAGUCUGCUCAUCCUUAACAGAUACUGGAACCAGUUUGAUGACAAUAUUCGGCUCUCCGUCAGGCGCUAUGAUGGAGCAAACGGCGAACCAGAGAAAUCACCCUCAGGUGAGGGUCGGAGCCUGAAGCCAGAAACCCCAGAACCUGAUGGAGACUCCAACCAGGAGAGGGCCAAAGACCGAGGUCAUCAAGGAGAGACCUCCAACUCCUUCCUGGCCACACUGGCGAGCAGCACCAGUGAGGAGAUGGAGGCAGAGCUCCAGGAGAGAGUGGAGAAGAGCCAGAAGCAGGCCAGUCAUGUUGUGGAGAUCUACAAACAUCUGAAGAGCAGCGUGGACCAGCUCAAGGCAGAGCUGGACUCUGGAGAUGAUGGGAGUUUGAAGCAGGUCACCUCCAAACUGAAUUCCCUCCUGACACGUGAAAACGAGCUGCUGCAACAGCUGACUGAAGACCUGAAGCAGAAACACAGUCACAUGACCAGCGAGUCGCGGUCUCUGGGUCGGGCAGCGAACAAAGCGGAUCAGCGCGUCGGCGAGCUUCAGGUUCGGAUCGAGGAGCUCCAGUGGGACAUGGAGAAGAUCCGUCGCCGAGAGAACAGACUGAACGCACACCUGAGCGAGGUCCUGGAGAGGGUGAACAGUAAAGGCUAUAAGGUGUGUGGAGAGGCCAGCAGUGUGUGUGGAACCAUCACUAUUAACAAGAGAAAGUUUGAGGACAUGAACAGUGAGCUGGAGGAGAACACGGAGCUGGCAGAAAAUCGCUCUGUUGAGCUGCAGAAGCUGCAGCAGGACCUGCAAAAUGUCCAACAGGAGAACAACAACAUGAAGACGGAGCUGCUGAGUCGAGCUGAAGGUUUCGUUAAAGAGACCUCAGAGUAUCGCUGCCUUCAGUCCCAGUUCUCUGUGCUUUACAACGAGUCCCUGAUCCUCAAAGCUCAGUUAGAUGAGACACGCGCUCGCCUCAACACCACCCGGACGGCACGGCUUCGGCAGCUGGACCACAUGGAGAACGAUGAGGUGGCUCUGCAGAGGAAAGUACGCACCGAGGUGUUUCAGCUGGAGGACACACUGGCUCAGGUGAAGAAGGAGUACGAGAUGCUGCGCAUCGAGUUUGAACAGACUCUCGCAGCCAAUGAGCAAGCAGGUCCCAUCAACAGAGAGAUGCGUCACCUGAUCAGCACACUGCAAACACACAACCAGCAGCUGAAGGGGGAGGUGGUGAAGUACAAGCUGAGACUACGAGAGGCUCAAUCUGAGCUCAACCAGCUUCGUGCUUCAAAGGGAAGCGCCAUCCUCCAAUCACAGUCCAGCACAGAGAUGGAUGUGAAGGAGGAGACGACCUCUCCGUCAACCGCGGCUGUUUCUGCGGAACCUGCCGUGAAGACAGAACUGGACAAUGACUCGGCGCCCGGCGGCACCAGUGCUUUGGUCAAAAUGGAGUCUGGCGUAGAACCAGAGGUGAACGUGAAGGAGGAAGAGGAGAAAAAAGAGAAGGAGGAAAAGAAAGAGGUGAUUGUAAAGAAAGAAGAGAAGGAACGGGAGCGAGAGAAAGAGAAGGAAAAGAACAGAGAGAGGCCCACCCGGAGCAGCAGCAGCAGCAUCGUCAUGAAGGAGGAGAAGGAGAAGCCGGGGAGCAGCAGCCAACCGGAGGAGGUCAGCGGGGAUCGGCUGGCUGUGGUCGGAGGGUCAAAGAGGAAGGAAGUGGAGCAGCUGAAAAUCGUCCGAGCAGAACUCAAGAAAGCCCAGGAGUCCCAGAGGGAGAUGAAGCUGCUGCUGGACAUGUACCGGUCAGCACCGAAGGAGCAGCGGGACAAAGUUCAGCUCAUGGCUGCAGAGAAGAAGACCAAGUCAGAGGCUGAGGAGCUGCGACAGAGGCUGCGGGAGCUGGAGGAGAGGGAGAGGAGGGAGGGCAAGAAAAUGGCCGAUGAAGAGGCUCUACGGAAGAUUCGCUCUGUGGAGGAGCAGAUAGACAUCCUCAACAAGAAGCUGUCCAUAGCCAAACAGGAAGAGGACGCCCUGCUGAGCGAGAUGGACGUGACGGGCCAGGCUUUUGAGGACAUGCAGGAACAGAACAUUCGUCUCAUGCAGCAGCUGCGGGAAAAAGACGAUGCCAACUUUAAGCUGAUGAGCGAGCGGAUCAAGUCCAACCAGAUCCACAAGCUUCUGAAAGAGGAGAAGGAGGAGCUGGCUGAUCAGCUCCUCACCUUAAAAACUCAGGUGGACGCACAGCUGCAGGUUGUGAGGAAGCUGGAGGAGAAGGAGCGCCUCCUGCAGGGCACCAUCAGCACUGCAGAGAGAGAGCUGACGCUUCGAACGCAAGCUUUAGACAUGAACAAACGCAAGGCUCAGGAGUCGGCGCUGCUGUCAGAAGAGCUACGGGCUCAGCUGGAGCAGGUCCAGCAGAAGCUCAAACUGGUCAGAGAGGAGGUGGUUGAGAACAGCAUCUCCAGGGAAAAGGAGUCCUUCAAUGCCCGGCGAGCUCAGGAGGACAUCUCUAAACUGAGGAGUAAGAUAGAGAAGGCCAAGAAACCAGCUGAGAAAAUCAGCAACGGAGAUGACAUCCUGAAUGAAGAGAUUAGUGAAUACAAGGCUCGUCUAACGUGUCCGUGCUGCAACUCCCGUGUGAAGGAUGCUGUCCUGACAAAGUGCUUCCACGUCUUCUGCUUCGAGUGCGUCAAGACGCGCUACGACACCCGCCAGAGGAAGUGCCCGAAAUGCAACGCUGCUUUUGGAGCAAACGACUUCCAUCGCAUUUACAUCGGCUAAAACGGCCAUCGGCCUCUCUCCGUUUGGGACAAAAAGGCUCGGCGGUGGCAGAAACUCGGCCUGAAGCAAACGACCUCUGUUCUGCUCAUCUGGCACGAUACUGUGGACGUGGAGUCACGUGACGAUUUUAGGGAUGGAAGAGCUUUUACGAUGACUGAUGCCUGUUCCGUCCUGUAGCCACGAGUUCACUGACGCUUACUGGGGCAGAAAGAAUUGUUUCUUCACACACUGAAUGCAGCUUGUGGUGCAUUUGUGUGCUCCCAUUUGGAAAAUCAGGCCUUUUGAAACCAUGUUUAAUAAAUAAAAAUAAGUGCAGUUUAAAAAUAACAUUCCUUUUAGUGUUGCUGAUCUAAUGAAUCUGUGUAUGUUUAUUGUAAAUGUCUCUUUUUUUAAAAUAGAAAUCUUUUUUUAUCUUUAAUCUAGUUUUGGUGGUUUUUCUUUAAUAAUCUAGUUUUUGUGGUGUAGUGGAUGUUAUGCACAAUAUUAAACUGUCAGAGCUGUGCUGCCUCUGCCUCCUUUAGAGUGAUCUAAAACACUGA